CGUGCUAGGGUCAGUUUGUCCCCAGUGACUUUCCUCUGCAAAUUCUCUGCUCCUCGGAGUGUGUCCCCUUGCGUCACUAUCAGUAUCUGAUGCUUGCUGGCAGGGGACAUCCGGCCCUGGGGGAAGCUGUCUCAAUCCCACAGAGUGUGUGAGUAAGGGAGGGCUCUCCCUGGGGCUUCCUUAAAAGAGGAACUUCUCCUGUGCUGGGGGCUAGCUGCAGGAGCAUGGUGCUAGCUGGCGGGAUGCCCCUGGAGCAGGGAGGGCCAGCUUUCCCUCCAUCCCCUGGUGUCAGAGGGCACAUUGUGUUUCCCCUCCAAGUUUGCUUGUUUUUCUGUUGUGUGUGAGUUGCUCCCCCUGCAGCUCGCAGCACGACUAUUAGACACAGAAUCCCACACACUCAGCGUAGCGGUGCCCUCCCACUGCACCGUACUGCUGUUGGGAGCCAGCCCUUCGGACGCGCUGCCUGGGCUAGCAGCAGGCAUGAGACUCAGUCAGCACUGACAGCUGCAGCCUGGGUCUUGCUAACCGUACUAGUUUGGGAAGUGCCCUGCUCUCUGGGAACAUUGGACGGAGUUCCUUGCCAGGCUCCUCCAGGAAGAGCCCUGCUGUGGCUGACCUCCGUGCUCCACCCUCCCACCCCCUGAUUCUGGGCAGCUGAGAGGCAUGAGACAGCCAUGGCGUUCCAGGCAACCGGAUCUGGGACACUGCAGCCCCGGAGCGUGCGACCUCUGGAGCCUCUGCUGCAUGGCUGGGGACCGGAGCCUGCUGCGCAGAAAGGAUUCCUUGGCAACUUCUCUCUUCCCACUCCCCUGCAGGGGACAUGGAGGGCAGCUGGGAAUCCCCACCUCCGGGAGAGACACGGUGCACAUCCAGCAGGAGCAGGGGGCAGUGGCUGCUUUCCUCACAGUCUCUCCUCUCCACCCCCCCGUGCCAUGGCAGGGGGCUGCCUGAACCCUGAGGGGUCCCAGGGCCUCAGCUUGAAAGACUUUGUCCCAUCCCACUUCCAGAAGAGGGAAUUUCUUCCUGCUGCCAGGAGCCCUGCAGCCCCCACGGCCACAUCCCCUCAGCGGUUCACGUGGGUCCCGCUGCGACACAGAGGAUCCAGGGUGCCCGUGAUCCGUAACUGCGGCUCCAACACCUUGAACUUUGAGUUCCACGACACGUCUCCCCGCACAGCGUGCAAUGGCACCGCCGAGCCUAGGAGAGCAGCCCCCAGGAGCUCAGUGAGCGACUGGUACCAGACCUGGCCUGCCAAAGAAAUGAAGAAGCUGAGUUCCCAGGCAGUUCCUGUUCCCCUCCCAGCUGUGUCGGCAAUGAGCCCCCUGGAGAACGGCCCCCCGCCUGUGCCCCGCGCAGCCCCCUGGUCUGCUACCUGGACUAAGGAUAGCAAGAGGAAGGACAAGCGAUGGGUGAAGUACGACGGGAUCGGCCCAGUGGAUGAGACGGGGAUGCCGAUCGCAUCGCGAUCCAGUGUGGACAGGCCCCGAGACUGGUACCGGAGCAUGUUCCAGCAGAUCCACCGUAAGCUCCCAGAACCACAGCUGGACUGGGAUUUCCACCUCUGCACAGAACCACGCCCUCCGGCGCUUGCACAAAAGGGCCCCGUGCCAAGUGGCUCCUCUUACCUGCAGAAUGGCCUGGACUGGAGGGGCCAGGAGGCAGCCGAUGAUGCUGCGAUGGAGCCGAGGAGCAUUUUCGACUAUGAACCCGGGAAAUCGUCCGUCCUUGACCACCCCAACCCGGCUGCAGAGCCCCAGGCGGGAGGUGCUGGCAGCUGGUACCAAUUUCUGAAGGAGCUGGAGACGGGGAGCCUGCCUAAGAAGCCCCUGGCACCGUUUCCUGCAGAGCCUCCCCCACCGUCCCAGCCAAUCGAGGUGUUACUGGAGAGAGAGCUGCAGCAGCUCAGCGAGGAGUUAGACAAGGACAUGAAAGCCCUGGAGACACAUCAGCACCCUUGCAAGACUUCCUCGGCGUCUCCCUGCGCUUGCACCGCCGCCCGGUGCUUGGGAAAGAGGCGCUGCUCCUUUAAGAAUUCAAAGUUAAACUUUAGCCAAGUGGCUGUAUCCUGCCAACUCCUUGUUGUUGCUGCUGUCUCAGUGCUUCCUGCCGCGCGGCCCUGCACAGGGGAGGGAGGAACCAGCGCUACCCGCCUGGCUGCCAGGGUAGGAGGCAAACAUCGUGUACCCACUCUGGCUGAGGGGGGCAGGGCGUGCCGGGACCUGACCAAGGCAAUGGCCCACAGGGGCAAAGAGGAAGUGGCAGGGGCAGCUACAAGCCUGCCAUCUGCCUGCCGUUCCCAUCCUGCCUUGGGGCAGAGCCCCCCCGCUUCCCGACACCGCCCGCCUGCCAGCCCCAGCAUGGAGAGAGGGGGCCUGGGCCUGGGCACGAGCGACUGGAGCAGGUCUCCUCCCAGCAAAGAUCCCCCAGGCCACCCUGGGAAAAGCCCCUUGGCUGAUGAGAGUGAGUCUAUAGAGGCGGUGGAUGGACCGGUGAGGAGAGAGGACAAGAAGAUGAAAGCUGCUCGCGUCAAGUUUGACUUCCAGGCUGAGUCCCCAAAGGAGCUGACCAUGCAGAAGGGAGACAUCGUCUAUAUCCACAAGGAGGUGGACAGGAACUGGCUGGAAGGAGAGCACUAUGGGAGGGUGGGCAUAUUCCCCUCCAACUACGUGGAGAUCCUGCCUCCCACCGAAGUGCCCAAGCCCAUCAAGCCACCCACCAUCCAGGUGCUGGAGUACGGAGAGGCCCUGGCCCAAUACAACUUCAAAGGGGACCUGGCGGUGGAGCUGUCCUUCCGCAAGGGCGAGCGCAUCUGUCUGGUCCGCAAGGUGGAUGAGAACUGGUAUGAGGGGCGGAUCUCUGGCACCAGCCGCCAGGGUAUCUUCCCGGCCAACUACGUGCAAGUGCUGAAGGAGCCGCGGGUCAAGGCCUCAGAGGAGUUCCCCUCCUCCCCAACCUUGACUGCCCCUGCCUCCCCAAGGCUGCUGGUUCACACAGGCUCACCGGCCCAGCUGCACUCGCCUGGUAGCCAGCGUUCCGAUCCCUCAUCCUCCUUCCUGGCGGGCUCUCCGACUGCCCAACGGCGCGGCACGGACGGGGGUGCCCUGUCGUCCUCGCCGCGCCAUUUCGGCUUCACCUUCCCUGUCUCCCCCAAGCUGCAGCGCGCCGGAGUCUCAUCCAGCCUCCUCCAGGGGCCCCAGAGCCCCCAACCAGGCCCCAGCACCACCUUGCUCUCCCCCCUGAGUCUGAGCCCGAGCCCACAGCCUCCAGCCCCCUCUCGGCCUCCACCCGCUGCAGCGCCCUCCUCGCUCCCUGGGCAGAGCUCCACCCUUGAAGCCCCAGUACCUGCAGGUUGCCAUCUGGGCAGUGCUGGGCACCUCCCCAAGGCCCCCCCAUCUGACAACGGCUCCAGCAUACAGUGGACCCCGUUCCGGGCCAUUUAUCAGUACAGACCCCAGAACGAGGAUGAGCUGGAGCUGCAUGAAGGGGACCGGGUGGACGUCAUGCAGCAGUGUGAUGACGGCUGGUUUGUGGGUGUGUCCAGGAGAACCCAGAAAUUCGGCACCUUUCCUGGCAAUUACGUUGCCCCUGUGUAACAUCCCCCUGCCCCGCACCCCAGCACGAGCCAAGAGGAAGCUGCAUCUGCGACUCAGGCUCCUGCAGCCUACCCAGAGCUGGCAUCGCGCCCUGAGACCAGGAGAGGAACGAGGAGAUGGGGAUUGGGACCAGCCCAGCCCCCGCCCCCACGGACAUUCCCAGCAGGACCCUUUUGGUGGCUGUUGCUAGGGAGCUCGGCACUGGGACCGGCCCCUGCCUCUCCUAGUAACAGACCCCCUCUUCCCUGUCCCAGUCACUCAGCUCCGCUUCCAGCACUGCCUCUUGGGGCUCCCUCUAAUGGGGACCAGUUCCUGUCCUUUCCCUCCCCCGUGGGGCUCCCUCUAUCGUGGACCAGUCCCCCAGCCUUACACCCCGUGGAGCUCCCUCUGAUGGGGACCAACCCCUCAGCCUUACCCCCAUGGGGCUCCCUCUAAUGGGGACCAGUCCCCCAGCCUUACCCCCCGUGGGGCUCCCUCCAACAGGACCAGUCCCCCAGCCUUACACCCUGUGGAGCUCCCUUUGAUGGGGACCAACCCCUCAGCCUUACUCCCAUGGGGCUCCCUCUAAUGGGGACCAGUCCCCCAGCCUUACCCCCCGUGGGGCUCCCUCUAUCGGGGACCAACCCCCCAGCCUUACCCCCCAUGGGGCUCCCUCCAACAGGACCAGUCCCCCAGCCUUACACCCUGUGGAGCUCCCUCUGAUGGGGACCAGUCUCCCAGCCUUACCCCCAUGGGGCUCCCUCUGAUGGGGACCCAGUCCCCCAGCCUUACCCCCAUGGGGCUCCCUCUGAUGGGGACCAGUCCCCAUCCCUGCCCCCAGGGCUCUCCCUGGCAGGAAGUCUCGCCCUGUGCCCACCUGAUAAGUAUCUGCCAGUCUGUGCCUCACUGCAGAAGGCGUCUGCAUCCUGAGGGAAGGGGCUGUUAGUCCUUUCCCUCCAGCUGAACCCCCAAGCUCCAUCACGACCUCUGGAGGGAAGCAGGCACUGAGCCCGCCCUCUGCACCUCCAUGGACCUAGCAAGCUGUGCUGAACCCUGUGUCUGCAUGUGGCUGACGCUUGCAAGGUCGCUGGCCUCUCCGGUGCUCCUGCUGUGUGGAGGGGGGGCGAGGGGGAACACGGGGAGGGUAGUCUCCUCCAAGCUGCCUGUAAAGAGCCGGCUCACAUGCCCGGAAACCUGAUCUGCUUGUCCUCUGUUAUUAAAGAUCAGCCUCACCCCAUG